AUGUUCAUUGGCAUGACCUCACCCAAUCCGCCUCCUAAACCCUCGGAACUGUCAAAAUAUGACAGACCAGAUAGUAUAUCGCGCGGGGAUUUCAAUGCCUUGAUCCACAUUAUAAAGUCCAUGGCGGUCAUUACAGCAGUGGCUGAGAUCGCUGUUAUUCUCGCCCAGGAAUAUCCUUCUCUCUCUGGGCAUAUAUCCCUCCUUCUCCUGUCGCCUAGCAGCGGCUUGCGCGUCACGAAAACAUUUGUCGCAAGCUGGGCGUUCAUAGGCAUGGGCGGUGUCGUCCGCUGGUGGUGCUAUCGCACACUCGGACGGUUCUUCACAUACGAGCUCUCUAUGACGAAGGAGCACCGACUUGUUACUGUUGGGCCAUAUUCCAUCGUCCGGCACCCUAGUUACACUGGCUUGAUCAUGCAGGCGAUUGGCGCAGUCUCGUGGUCUCUCGACUCUGGUUCGUGGUGGUCGAAUUUAGGCAGAUUCAAUGCGAUCGCGCGGAAUUUCUGCGUGGUCCUGUGGGUGAGCAUCUGGAUCAUCGUUCCUGCACUAGCAGUGAGCAGGCUGUCGAAGGAAGACAGGACCCUGAAGAAGGAGUUCGGUGACCAGUGGGAGAAGUGGUCGAGGGUCACUCCGUACAAACUCAUCCCUGGCUGCUUAUCAUGCGUGUACGAGCUGUUAGUCCUUGGAAUGUAUGCCUCAAACCUUCUAGAUCUGUCAUUCGUGACACUUAUGCUGCUGCCCACGAUCAUUGCAGGGCUGCAAACAUACUUUGACCCCACGAUCGGUGCGAAUCUGCUCUACCGCUUCGAGCGGCCGCAGUACGCGGACAUCCGCAAGCAAUACGUGACUGGCCCGACGGUGCAGGUAGGUCAGGAGAAGGAGAUGAGCUCGAUUUACGGUGCCGAGCACCUGCUGCACAUGUCGGUGAGCCUGCCGCAGAUGGUCGCGAGCUCGACGAUGGAUGCAGAGUCGGUGGGCCUCGUUCGGGACCACGUGAACGAGCUGAUGGUGUACAUGGUGAAAGAGCAGCACCGUAUAUUUAUCCGGGAGUACGACUCUGCGAGCUUAGCGUCCGACCGGCUCAACGGUGACCACAAUUUGAUUUCGCGUUCUUGA